AUGGAUUCGGUGGAGAUAUGCCAAUCCUACGGUCUAGAUCAAAUAUCACGAACACUGAACGAGACAGUCGAUUCGAGCAAAACCCUAGAAACGCGGAAGAAGAAGAAGAAGCGGAAGAAUCGGAGGGAGAUGAAGGGAGCGCUGGCGAGGCUUCAGCUAGGGGAAACCCUGAACCAAUCGUCGUUUUCCACGUCAUCAUCCAACCCCUCUCGCUUCCAGAACCUUGUAGAAGCCCGAGCCGCCGACGGCAGCCUUCCCUCCUCCGCUCCCCUCGGCACCGACGUCGACACCGAUGUCGACGACAGGGAGUUCAUUCUCAGUCAAGAUUUCUUCUGCACUCCUGAUUAUAUCACACCGGAUAAUCAACAUAUGAUGAACGGCUGGGAUUGCACCAAGCUGGAAAACAUCCCUUGCCCCAAAUCACCCGAGAAAUCGAAUACCCUUAAAUCGAAGAAGCGAAGACAGUGUCAGAAUGAUAUCUCAUUGAAUCCUCUCAGCCCUACAUUGUCUGGAAAUCAGCCGAUAGUUGAGCUUGAAGCAGAUGUUUUUGGCAUGGAUGAGGUCAUGAUGGAGAAACCAACAGCAACAGAACCACGGAAGGUGCAAAAUUAUGUAUCUCAAUCUGCUGUGGCUUUACGCUGUCGUGUCAUGCCUCCUCCUUGCUUGAAGAAUCCGUACAUUAAGGAUGCUUCAGAAAUGGGCAUUGAUCCUCUUGGCAGCCAAAGAUCGAAAUGUGCAGCUUUCUUCCCUACUUUUAUGGGCGGAAAUGGCCUUUCACGUUACUGUGCUGAUUUUCACGAGAUUGAGCAAAUCGGCAGUGGGUACUUCAGUCACGUAUUCAAAGUCUUGAACAGAAUUGAUGGUUGUUUGUAUGCCGUGAAACGUAGCAUGAAGCAGUUGCAUCUGGACACAGAAAGGAGAAAGGCUAUGAUGGAAGUUCAAUCUCUGGCAGCUUUAGGGUCCCAUGAAAACAUUGUUGGAUACUACUCGUCUUGGUUUGAAAAUGAGCAGCUCCACAUUCAGAUGGAAUUAUGUGAUCACAGCUUAUCCAUAAACAAGUUGUCCCGACCAUUCAAAGAUGGGGAGAUUUUAGAAGCCUUGUAUCAGAUUGCAAAAGCGUUGCAGUUUAUGCAUGGGAGAGGAAUAGUUCACUUAGAUGUAAAACCUGAUAAUAUAUAUGUGAAGAAUGGUAUUUAUAAGCUUGGUGACUUUGGAUGUGCAACUCUACUUGAUAAGAGCCUACCGAUUGAAGAGGGUGAUGCUCGAUAUACGCCUCAAGAGAUCCUGAAUGAGAAAUAUGAUGAUCUUGACAAGGCUGAUAUCUUCUCAUUGGGAGUCACUAUUUACGAGCUGAUUAGAGGUUCUCCUUUACCAGAAUCAGGGCCUCAAAUUUUAAAUCUUAGGGAGGGAAAGUUGCCACUUCUUCCUGGUCAUUCAUUGCAAUUUCAGAACUUACUCAAGGUCAUGUUGGAUCCAAAUCCAGUCUGGAGACCGUCAGCGAAAGAUUUGGUUGAAAAUCCAAAUUUUUACAAGGUGCGGCGAAAUGGACAAGCCUAGGGCAACGACGAUCGCCUUUGGAAGAGAAUGGCCUGUUGUAUUUGCCAUCCGUAUGCAGCAUCAGCAGGCCCUGCAAGACAGGCAAAGUAGAGUUUGUGAAGAAUGACCAAUUUUGUAAUCUAUAAGUUAUUCCUCUAAUAUAUGCACCUAAUUUUCCCAUUUGUGCGUUGCAUAUAUUUUGUGACUCGAGGAAUUCUUGGUCAUGUACUCAUGGUUAUGUGCUGCUAAUGAAAAAGGUCUAAUUCUCUCGGAA